GCAAAAAGCACCCAGAGGUAGUAAUUCCACAUGAAAAUGUGGGCCUUUUUGGUGCUAACUCUCACUCUCACUGUUACUGCGACAGACACUGAAAAUAACACAGGGGCGGAAGAAAAACUUGUGAUAGCCAGAGGAAAACUGCUGGCUCCCAGCGUGGUCGGAUGAGGCAUAAAGAAAAUGCCAGAGCUCCAUCAUUUCCUCAUGGAGCGCUGGGCUUUAUACCACAACUUGGAAUACGACUCAUCGGAGGAGAAGAAACCCCGUCUGAUCUUCUAUAAUGAAAAAGACGAGGUUGUGAAGACUGUUCCUGUAAAGAAAAUGAAGGCAGACGAGAUCAGCAGCCUCUUAGAUUCACUCGGUUUCUACAAGAGGUCCCAGAAAGGGGAAGAGGUGCCAGAGGAGUUCCAGAACUUCCCCCUGCAUGCUGCCAGGGACGAGCUGUGAUGACACCCUGUGGCCAAACGCUGCCAUUGCACCUUGGCUGCAUUAAUGAUGAGUGGGGCCCCAAGGCCUUGACGAGAAGCCAGGCACCAUUCUGAGGAGUCGCUGGUCGGGUGCAGUGUGCAGUGUGUUAGUCAUUGCUGUGUCACUCUGUGUGUGUGCUGGAUUAGAAUUAAAAGGCUGUAA